AUGAACUCUCUCUGCGUCGUCAUCCCGAACUUUGCGACACCAUCGCAAUUGCACCUUUUCAUCUUCGACAUGGCUGUCUGGCAAUGGUUCAAGGGCAUACCACCCAAGACGCGCAUGAUAAUUGGCGUUGGUGUUAUGGCAUACGCGGGUGCUGGCCUAUACAUAUCCGACAAGGCUGAAGAGAAAUUCGGUCUCACUCCGACCGAGAAAGAUAGGGAGGAACUACGAGAUGUGCUGCCUAAAGUCUCCACCGUCGAAAAGCGAACCUCAUGA